AUGUUUAUGAAUUAUUUUGCAAACAGUAAAUCGUUACUCGUUCAACUAUGCUGCAAAAGAUAUUUGAACAAUACUGUGGCAAGUGUAACAAAAAUACACCGAGAAAUAUAUACUAGAAUGUACCCUACCAAAGUUGUACUACCCAAUGGAGCAUCUAUUAAUAUCAGAUAUCAUGAACCUCGAAAAAUCAUUAAAUUACCUUUAGAUUUAUCAUUAUUAUCAGAUGAGGAAAAGAAGAUCAGAUUAGACAGAAGGAAACCAAAGAAAAAAGUGAAAAUUGCUGAAACUAUAGAAGAUAACUUUAAUGCUAAAAAGUAUUUAAAAUACUUAAAAAAGAAGUAA